AUGAACAGCUGCAAUCUCCCCCUUUUGUUGGCUUUCCUGGCAACUGGGGCUGUGCUCUGUCAACAAAAUGAUGAUCGGGACAACCCUGGCAGUGAAAACGAUCAAACCGAGUGCCAUUCUCUGGGACUCAGUGGCCGGCUGGCGAUCGUUACCGGAGGCGCAAGUGGGAUCGGCAGAAGCGUCAGCAUGGUACUUGCCCGAGAGGGCGCCACCGUCGUCGUGGCAGACAGGAACAGUACGGGCUCCAAUGAAACCCUACAGAUGCUCCAAGCCUCGUACAAGGGCGAUCACCAGGCCAUAUUUGUGGACGUUUCCAACUCCAACGCUGUCAGCAACCUUUUUGAGGAGAUAGAGUCGUCGUUCGUGGGCAGGAAGAUCAGCGUUGUGGUGAACAGUGCCGGCAUCCCGGAAAUAGGAGUGCCGAUAGAGGAAACAACCGAUACUAAAUUUGACGAUGUAAUUGCCACCAACCUAAGGGGAACGUUUCUGAUAGACCGAGCGGCAGUGAAGCACAUGCUGGCCAACAACGUCACAGACGGCGCCAUCGUCAACGUCGCGAGCAUCGUCGCCAAAACUGGAGCUCAGCAACUUUCCGCCUAUUCUGCAUCCAAGGGCGGCGUAGUGUCCCUCACCAAGGCAGUGGCCCUUGAAGUGGCCAACAUGGGCAUUCGUGUCAACACCAUUCUGCCGGGUCCCACGGACACACCCUUCUACGCCAACUUUCCAGCAGAACUUGUGGCCGAAAUCGCCAGCUCACCUGCCCUGAAGCGGAUGGCGAGACCCGAAGAAAUAUCUGAGACUAUAGCGUUCAUGUGCAGUCCGAAGAGCAGCUUCAUGACCGGAGCGGCCAUUGAUGUGGCGGGAGGAAUAAUUGCAUGA